UUUCUCUUCCAGGUGACACUUAAACACUUGAAUCGAUUUGAGUGGACCAACGAUGGGAGACCACGCGACCAAGAAAAUUCAUCCGGUAGCAGAUGGAAACAUCAAGAGUACUACCGUACCACCAGCCCACGGAUCAUCGAGUCUUGGCCAUCAGCUAAGACCACCGGUGCUGCCAAUAACCGCACCACUGGCACCACCACGAACGAAAAACAAAAGAGGUUUUACAUGGUGCAAAUGCAUAUGUUGGACUCUAAGUAUCUUGAUCACAUUGAUCAUAAUUCUUGCAGCCACUAUUGGUAUCCUUUACCUUGUUUUUAAACCAAAACUACCAAAUUAUUCUGUUGACCGCCUCACGAUAUCCCAACUUACCCUCAAUCUCGAUUUCUCCCUUUAUGCAAGAUUCAACGUCCAGAUAACUGCUAUCAACCCAAACAAGAAAAUCGGCAUCUUUUACCAAAAAGGAAGUCAUAUAAGCGUAUGGUACAAGAACACAAAUCUAUGCCAAGGCUCAAUACCCGUGUUCUACCAAGGCCACCAGAACAAAACCGUGCUAAAUGUUGCAUUAUCAGGUCAAAACCAAUAUGGUCGGACGUUAUUGGCGGCGAUACAAGAACAACAACAAACAGGUCGGAUUCCAUUGGACCUAAAAGUUGAUGUCCCAGUCAAAAUUGAACUUGGGAAAAUGAAGUUAAAGAAGGUGAGAAUAAUGGGGAAAUGCAUGUUGAUAGUUGAUAGUCUAUCUGCAAACAACAAAAUUAGCAUCAAAGCAACUAGUUGCAAGUUUAGGCUUAAAUUAUGAGACAAAUGUGAUGUUUGUAUGAGUUUUCAUUGCGCUAUUUUUGUAUUAUUGUCACCAGUUUGUUUUUUUUUCUUUUGAAUAUUCUGUUUGGAUUUAAAUUUUUGUAAUCAUUUUUACAAUAGAUCAAAAAAAAAUAUUAUUUUAUUUCA